AUGUCUGACAUGAGACAUGAGACAUCAGAUAUCAGUCAUCAGACAUCAGACGCUGACAUCAGACAUCAGACAUCAGAAAUCGAACAUCAGGUAUUGGACAUCAGAUGUCAAACAUCAGAUAUCAGACGUCAGUCAUCAGACAUUGGACAUUGAACAUCAGACAUCUGACAUCAGAUGUUAGAAAUUGGACAUCAGACAUAAAAAGUCUGACAUCAGAGAUCAGACGCAGACAUUGGACAUCAGAUAUCGGACACCAGACUUCUGACAUGACACAUCAGAAAUCGGACAUCGGUCAUCAGAUGUCUGAAAUGGGACAUCAAACAUCGGACAUCGGACAUCAGACGUCUGACAUUAGACAUGAGACAUGA